CGGGCCAGGCAUCCACGGAGAAACGAUUCACCCGCAACUGACAAAGGACAUCACUUUGGCAAUAACAACGAGAAUAAUCUGCCAAUGAUAUUGAUCUGUGUGCAAGCUACCUCUGAGUUUAGUAACUCAGAUACAUUUUCCUCGUCUUCUUUCCGUGUAGGCUUCCUUAGGUUACGAUAUAUGGCCUUGUUAUUGUAGUUUCGUCGUAUUUCAUCUAAUGGGCAAGUAAACUGGCAAGUAAACUGUCAAGUAAACUGAAAAAUAAAUAUCAACAGUAAGGCUAAAUCGGACCUUUUUUGGGGUGCCAGAAUUUGCAAUGGAUUCGGAGAAGCAAGCCGAGGCGACGACCAUGGAGUCCCCGGGCGAAAAGGUGGGAAAACCUACGUAUGAAAUGCUAUUGGAUACAGUCGGCCAUUUCGGUUUAUUUCAACGGAUCACCUUCUCUCUCCUGACAUUGGCAGACGUUAUCACCAGUAUGAUUAUGAUGUACCUCAUAUUUAGUUCAUCCACGUCCAAUUGGAGAUGUGCACAAUUCGACGGUUUUAAUAUGACUGAAAUCACAACUGGAAAUGAGACCUUUGAGAAGACGUGUCUCUUUAACGGCUCCAAAUGUGUAGAGUUUGAUUUUGAUAAGGAUUUUAAUAGCAUUGCAUCCGAGUGGAACCUUGUCUGUGAUGAUGCGUACAUCCCAAAGUUGACCACCUCCAUAUUGAUGUUUGGCGUCCUCGUGGGAGCGUUCGUAUUCGCACAGCUGUCCGAUCUUUACGGCAGAAGACCCGUUCUUAUCUCCAUCAUCAUAGCCCUUAUGAUUUCACAAGUUAUUGUCGGCACGAGUAUCAACUGGCACAUGCACAUAGCCAUGAGGUUUUGUGUUGGCGUCUUUCUGGGUGGGACAAUCGGACUCUGCUUCGUCUUACCGAUGGAGUUCAUCGGACCCCGCUGGCGGUCGUUUUGUGGAGCACUCGGGCUCUUCGACGUGGGCCAAGCGUUAGUCGCCAUGUUCGCCUACUUCGAGCGUGACUGGAGGUACCUGGCCUACACGACUGGUGCCAUCAGUCUACCGCUUGUUAUUGCAAUUGUCAUAUAUGUCCCAGAGAGUUGCCGGUGGUUGAUCCAAAAGGAGAGGUUCAUUGAAGCCGAGAAGGUACUGAGGCGCAUGGCGAAAGUGAACAAGACGGACGUCCCAGAUAUUUCCCUUUUGAAACGGAUAUCUCGUGCGGGCAAGGCGGACGAUGCUGCUGUGGCCAAGUACACGUAUGCGGACCUGUUCAGUACUAGGAAGUAUGCGGUGAGGACUUUGGUUAUCAUGAUGUCAUGGUUCACGGCCUCAUGUGUGUAUUACGUCAUCGUGGUGUCCAUCAGUUCUUUAAGUGGUGACAUGUAUUUAAAUACAGCACUGUCUGCUAUUCCAAGUCUCUUCAUCGGAUGGUCUAUCAUUCCAGUCGCCAAUUGGAUUGGGAGAAAAAAGGCCUACCUCCUUUACACUGCGUUCCCGAUCGUAUCCAUGUUUGCCAUUGUGAUUCUGCAGGCCACGGGGCAGAUGGAGGAGCAAGGCACACUGCUGACAGUGUUGGCUCUUGUGGGCAAAAUAGGCAUUGGGUGCAGCUGGAUCAUAGCGGCAAUAAUAACAGCAGAGGUGUAUCCUACACUUAUGAGAACCGUUGGAGUCGGUAUUGGCAACACCACGGCACGCUUUGGGGGAAUCAUAGCGCCACAGAUAGUUUACCUGGGUGAGUUGAUCCACUGGACCGUGCCCUAUAUCAUUAACGGCAGCCUGGCCCUAACAAGUACGAUACUGGUCAUGGUGUUACUUCCCGAGACAGCCCAUAAGCCACUGCUGGAGGAGCUGCCUGACAAGCGGGCCACGUGUUGCAAGUGCAGCAAGGACGAUAACAAAUCGGAGAGAGAGUCUGAUGAAGAAUUAAAGGACCUGACCGGUAGUUGCCCAGCGUGACCUUUUAACUUUAGAUGUUCGCCUAUACUGAAGCAGAAUAGAUCCUUAUAAAUAUGGUGCUCAACGUUUAUUAAGUUAUUAUAUCACAACGUAGUGAGAAAUAUAUAUGUAUGUAAUCCAAUUUUCGUCGAGCCUGAGAUUGGAAUUAAAUAUCCUGCCUUUUAACCAACCCUUCAAAAAAACUUAAAUUUCUCCCUCUACAGUGAUCUUGUUCAUGUUGGGAAAUUUAAAACUUGUUCGAACGUGGAGGUGCGCGAAAUACUAGUAUUAUAUUCGUUAUUGUUAAUACACGUAGCCUGCUUUGAAACUCGAUGUCACUCGAAUUGAAAGCGAAAAAUAGAAUUAUUUAAUAUGUUGCUGUAUAAUAAAGCUGAUAUAAAUGUAAUG